UGGCAAUUCCCGUUUUCUGGGAUUCAUUUUCUCUGUCUCAUCCACUCUUUCAUUUAUCAGUUCGUAAUCUAUCAAAUGGAAAUUCAAUUCCUAGGAAGAAUAAGUGGCUUUGUUUGGCUUCAUCACAACUGAGCCCUGUUGGAGGUGUCGUUUUGUGUUGGAACUCAUCUCAUCCCUCAUCCCAACAAGAUUGAGAGAGGAGGGGAAGAUGCGUUCUUUGUGAGCAAGUACAAUGGGGGAGUAAUUGCUGUUGCUGAUGGUGUAUCUGGUUGGGCUGAGCAGAAUGUGGAUCCUUCAUUAUUCCCUCAGGAGCUGAUGGCUAAUGCUUCAUGUCUCGUGGGGGAUGAGGAGGUAGUGCCAUAGUAGCAUACAAGGAAAAUAAUAUUUGAUUCUAUUGAUAUUUUCUUGUUAAUUAACUUCUCUGCAAAGAAAAUUCUUGUGAUGGGAGUAAGCAUCUGUACUUUCUAUUUGAAUGUUGUAUGCUAGAAAGUGGAAACUGUGAUGCAUCUUUGCUUUUGGCAGGUUAACGAUGACCCCAAGAUUCUCUUACGGAAAGCACAUGCUGCUACUUCCUCCACAGGUUCAGCUACUGUGUAAGUUCAUAAUGCUUUAAAGAAUUGUUGCCAUGCUGGAGAGGAAUGGAUUGCUAAAGAUUGCCAAUGUUGGGGAUUGUGGACUAAGGGUUGUCCGUGGAGGUCAAAUGAUUUUUUCCACUCCUACUCAGGAACAUUAUUUUGAUUGUCCUUAUCAAUUAAGCUCAGAAAUGGUUGGGCAGACAUACCUUGAUGCAAUGGUUAGCAGUAUGGAAUUAAUGGAGGGAGACACCAUUGUGAUGGGCUCAGAUGGUCUCUUUGACAAUGUUUUUGACAAUGAGAUUGUUUCGACAAUUGCUAGAUACGAUAGUGUAGCUGAGGCUGCAAAGGCAUUAGCUAACCUAGCAAGAACUCAUGCAAUGGACUCAGAAUUUGAAUCCCCUUAUGCACUGGAAGCCAGAUCCAAGGGUAUUGAUGUUCCAUUUUGGAAGAAAAUUCUCGGGAUGAAGCUUGCAGGUGGAAAGCUCGAUGAUAUUACUGUGAUUGUCGGCCAAGUUGUAAGGUCAUGAGGAAUACAAGGUGUGUUCAAAGUCUACCAAAAAUAGAUCUGAUACCAUAAAAUUCCACGAAAGAUUUUGUAAAGUACUUUAUGCAAUCUUUGAGACAUCUUGAAGUGUAGUCUGAUGCCCUUCACCAAUCAAAUAUAAAACCUGGGAAAAAGUAUGAUAGCUUGAAUUGCUUGAGACUUGAGAAAUUAACAAUGCCUCUCUGCAGAUUUCUCCUUUUUUCGAA